AGUGCUGUCUGCUUGUAUUUAACUGUUUACCCAGCGUUUAGGUGGCGUCAUGGAUGAUGAUGACGACAUGUCAGAUUCAUUGUUACGUUUGGAGGAACUGUUGGUGUUGAUUACAAAGAGCACUCACAAUCGCUACAUAGCACUGGAUGAAGAAGUAAAUGAAGAGUCUGUCAAACAAUGGUUUUUUUCAGCUGAAUGAAGAUUUCAAGAUGACAACAUCUGGAUUAGACUACCAAGCUAAAGCCAAAGGACACACGUAUAUUGUCCCCCAAUUCUUCAAACUGCUGCAGGAGUGUUUCCUGACCCACCACUGGCUUGGAGCUGUGAAAAUACUGCAAGCUCUGGCUUACGAACCCAAAGGAACAUCGCAGACCAUUUGGAAGGCAGGAAUGGCAGUGAUGUACAGCAACUCUAAAGAAAAUGACAUUUUCAUAGCACAGUUUUUCAGGCAGCUGAAACAUUUCAAGGACUUGCAUGCCGAGGAUAUGAUACUUGAGUAUGUGAUGUACCUGUUGCAGCAGGGGAGAGUAGCAGAUGCUGCAACUACCUCCAGACUCAAGGAUAGAAGACAUGGCUUUGAAAGAACAAUGAACCUGCCAUCUCACCCUCCCUUUGUCUACAAAGCCUACAAAGGGGCUGCUAUGAUGUGGCAGUCGUCAUCCCAAGCUAACUAUGAUGAGAUGAGGAUAGUUCACCACGCCAAGAAGGCCAUAAAGCUGAUGGACGAUUUGUGUGACCAGCCGGGGGUGUGGGACACUUUCAUUGUCAAACUCGUACAGAUGAAGGAGGAGAUUGAGGGGAAGGAUGCUGCCCUGAGUGUACUAACCAGAUACAGGGACCAGAACCCAGACAACCCCAACUCUCACCGAUACAUCUACGACUUCUAUGUCAAACAUGGCGCUUCAGAUGAAGACAAGAUAAAGUGCCUUAAGGGACUUGCUAAGAGGGACCCAUCAAAUGCUCUCAUUUUAAAGUUGUGUCACCUUUUAAAUGAUUGUCACUCGGUCGGGUCUCUUCUGUUCAACCUACUGGACUACUGUAACUGGCAACACAAUUUGACUCCAUGGAAGGAAUUUAGGCAAUACUUGCAUCACAUAUAUUCAAGCAAGCUGACUUUAAACAUCUCUGUGGUGCAAGACUGCUGGCAGGAGCGCAAGUCAUGGUGGCCUGCCUACCAUUUUAUACUGAAGAAUGGUUGGAGCUCUGACCAGGCACAAACAGCAGUGUUCUGUGAGAAAGCAGUCUGUGCGGAAUUCUUAGUGGGGAAAGAUAAUAGCUUUACCAUGGAGGUAAUGAAAGGUCUAGAUGAAGAAAAUCAGAAGAAACUUUUUGACAUGUUGAAAACACUGGAUGAUUCCUGAUGCUAUGAAGAAUCAGUCGAAGGAUGUUCACCAUAAAGGGCAGCAGUCAUUCCAGAAGGGAUAGAAUGCUGAAGUUAUUCAAAGACAUUAUGCUACAAAAUGGGUAAAUUGUGACUUUACUUGCAAGGGUAGCAACCUGUUACUGGAGGAACCAUGCAGUAUACAGUAAUGCCAUGAUUUAACUUCAGUUGAUGGACGUGUUACUCAGAAACAAUUAACAGCCAGAUUUGACUGACAAAUGUUUAAUAUAUUUUAUUACUUGCCGCAAAUACAAAACAUAUGUAGGAAGUACAUGUGUAGGAUUAACAAAUACAACAGGCAGCUAUAGUUCAGUCUUACAAAGAAAUGUUUGGUGAUAAAACCAUGAUCGUUUUUAAAUUGUUUUGUUUUGUCAUCAUGUGUUGUUUCCAUUGAUUAAAGUUUAUUAGAACACUUCCUAUUGGGAUAAAGCCGUGACAGGUCCCAGUAUAUAGUAUGUAUUGUGACAGUUGACCAGAGAAUCAAAUCUACUUUUUAUGUGUAAUGUUCAUUGUGAUGUUAAAAGCUAUUUACUUAAAUGUUAUCUGUUUGCUCAAAGCACCAAUGAAGACUUUGUUGAAAUGGA